AUGCCUGCAGCUGCCACCACUUGCGCAGCUGUGCUGAGCAAAGGCCAGAUUCCCAUAAGAAAACAAGCGCAGCGUCUCAGCAACACUGCCCUCAUCCCGGGCAUGAGCCCCGCUGGCCCGGGAGGGUCUGUGUGAUUGGCAAUGAGCCCUGUGCUGUCAGCGUUCAUGAGAGAGCUCCCCAGUUGGUUCCUGUUCUGUGGGGUCUUCUUGCCUGUGACUUUGCUGCUACUCCUUCUCAUUGCCUACUUCAGGAUCAAGUUGAUGGAGGUCGAGGAAGAACUGUCCCAGACUCCUGGUCGCCAACACAACAGAAAGAAUAACUCUUCUGUGUACCAGAGAAUGAAACGGAAGUGACUGUCAAUGACUGAACGACUAUGAGAGGAAUGGCUUAGCUAAUAAAGUAGGCUAUAAACUAGAACCACAACAAAAACAGAAAGAAUACUAAGAUGCUUGUUCUGAACCACAUUGAAAAGUGGCAGCUACUAUCCAAGAGGACUUGUCUGAGACUCAGCUUAAAUAGCAGUUCAGAGAGUACCAAGAAUCUUAAGAUUUUCUUGGAUGUGUUCCAUGGACUGGACACAUUGUAACUUUCUUUUACAGGACUAUGUCUACUCUGAAGAGCAUAUUUUAAAAAUUAAAUCCUU